AUGCCUUCGGAAUUUGUUCUCGUGGGUCUGUCAUGGAUUGAUGGCCAGAAGCAGUUGGUUGCUUUCAUUUUCAUGUUGAUGUAUCUCAUAGCAGUACUGGCCAACUGCUCGAUAAUUACGCUGGUGAAGACGGACAGAAAGCUGCAGGAACCCAUGCACAUAUUCAUAUGUUUUCUGGCGCUUAUAGACCUCAGCGUGUGCUCCACCGUCAUCCCGAAAGCUCUGGCAAUUUUAUGGUUCGGUUCCAAUACCAUCAACAGCAACUCUUGCCUGGUUCAGAUGUAUGUGUUGUAUGCAAUAUUGGGGAUUCAGUCUUCACUCUUUGCCCUAAUGUCCUUUGAUAGGUACGUGGCCGUAUGUCACCCUCUCCGUCACUCCAUAAUAAUGAAAAGCUCUUUUAUUGUUAAAUCUGUGGUGUUCAUCAUCUCACGUUCUACUCUCCUGCUGAUUCCCAUUCCGGCCUUGGCAGCACAAAUGACUUAUUGCAAGGCCAACGUAAUUCCUCACUCAUACUGCGAAUACAUUGAAGUUAUAAAGCUUUGGUGUGGAGACCUGACCCCUACAGUUGUGUACAUGAUCAUCCUCCUUUGCGUCUUCCCUGGAGGGGACAACGCGCUGGUCAUUUUCUCCUACGUCAACAUCAUGUACGUCAUCCACAUGCUUCGAUCUUCGCAAGCUCGGUGGAAGUCGUUUAGUACUUGCAGCUCCCACGCCAUCUUGCUCUCCUUGUUUUAUAUCGCUUCGGCCUUCCCGCUCUUUCUGUUCCUCUAUCAUCCCGAUUCUCCAUUGUAUCUUAAAACAAUAACAGAGAUUCUGAGUUUUCUUCUCCUGCCAAUGAUCAACCCAAUUGUGUAUGGUGUGAAGACCAAGGAAAUUCAAGAUGGACUCAAAAGACUUUACUUGAGAAAAUUCAGAAACAAAGCUCGAUAG